ACGCUCAGGUCAGAGUUCAUCAACAUGUAUUUACAGUCUGCGAUCGUUAGUUAUUGAAACAUGGAGACAUUGUGAUGUGCUGAACGUUUGAUAUUCCGUACUCUUCUCCUUUGACCUGAAAGUGUCACUGACGUUCAUUGUUUUUAGUUCAUACAGUUCACCGUUUUUCUCAUCACCACUCAAAUGCAACACGAACAGCAGUCAGUGAACGCAUCACCUGUAAAAACUAAAACGCAUCAUUGCACUAAAACUGAGUUCUGUUUGUGAACCUCAGGACCAGGAUCCACUGAAGACCAGGAGCAGUCAGAACCUUUAGAACCAGGACCAUGACGCCCUUGUCCGUCCUUCUUCUUCUGCAACUGUGCAGCUUCCAGCUGAUGGUGGUUGCCAUGCCGACCUGCAAGCUGCAGGCGAACGUGGUACUGAAGACGCACAACCUGCUCCGAGACCUGGGGGCGGCGUUUCCUGUCCACUGCCUGCAGUACAACGUCAACAUCUCCUUCCCAGACUCCGCCUUCCCUGACGCCACAGCCAGUCACCCUCAGUGCCGACGGGCAUUAUGGGUAGUGUAUGAGUCACUGCGGGGGAUGCAACUAAUUUUGGAGCAAAACGACUCACCUGUCGGAGAGGGCGGAGUCACGUGGGACGAAGGGAUACUCGACAACUUCCAGAACCUGCAGCACCGGCUGCUGGAGGACGGGAGCUGUCUGUCCACAGUCAAAGGUCCAGAUGUUUUCUCGUCUUACUUCAGUAACGUGACAGAUGUUUUGCAGCAGCAGGACAGCACCGUCUGUGGUUGGAUGGCUCUGAGGAGAGACGUCCUCUCCGUCCUGAAGACCGCCCUGCGGGAACACAACAGCUGUUUCACUUGAUGGAUCAUAAACAACCAUUUAUUUAUUCAUGUAUUUAUU